CAGCUCUGGGAACAGCAGUGUGAGCGCUGGUGGGAAGUUGGUGAGUUGUCAGUCUGGUUUGGACAUUACUUAACGUGUUAGUUGAGCUAACCAGCUAACUAGUUCCUGCCGGGUUCUCACCACCGGCUCGCUGGACUGCUCGGGCUUCGCUGCUCAGGUUCCCGGGUUCGUCUUGUCAGGAGAAGUUUUUUCUCCCUUCUCCCUUUUCCUGUUUUUUUUUCUUUUUUUUUUUUUCCUUUUGUAGCUUUGUCAAACUGCAUGCAAAGAGAACAACGUUGCCAUCACAGAACCUUGUAGACGUUUGUUUUCAUGGUCUGGGAUCAGUCAGUGCCCACGGACGGAGACAAGCCUUGUGGGUCAGAUCACUGUUGGAAAUAUGAGCACAGCUAAGCCCACUGGGAUCAAAGUACCUAGCAAAAUAGCUAGGCCUGGAACCGGAGCUCCGAAAACCAACCCAAGCACAGCUAAAGGUGCAGUGGCUGAUAAAUCAGCUGCAAGUGUCAGUGGAGCAGAUGGCAAGAAUGCUGAGGAGAGCUUCCAAGUUGGGGAGCGAGUAUGGGUGAAUGGAAAUAAGCCGGGCUUUAUACAGUUUUUAGGAGAGACACAGUUUGCCCCGGGACAGUGGGCAGGGAUUGUCCUCGAUGAGCCAAUUGGUAAAAACGAUGGGUCAGUGGCCGGGGUGCGCUACUUUCAGUGUGAAGCCCUUCGAGGGAUAUUUACCCGCCCCUCCAAGCUGUCCCGCACUGAAGGGGAGGCUAAUGGAACUCAGACCGCACCACCCUCCCGUGCUGCAUCACCCACUCCUUCAGUCGGAAGCGUAACCUCCCAAACACCUUCUACAAAAUCAGCAAUACCCUCAACUGCUUCUGCAGCCAAGAAGGCCUCUGCUACCACAGCAGCUACGCCGUCCUCUAACCUCACACAUACCAACAGUGAAUCUGUUUCCAACCUCUCUGAGACUGGAUCAGUCAAGAAGGGGGAAAGGGAACUGAAGAUGGGUGACCGUGUAUUGGUUGGUGGAACAAAGGCAGGAGUGGUGCGUUUCCUUGGAGAAACAGAUUUCGCAAAGGGAGAAUGGUGUGGUGUGGAACUUGAUGAACCACUGGGAAAGAAUGAUGGAGCUGUGGCAGGCACAAGAUAUUUUCAGUGCCAACCCAAGUAUGGCUUAUUUGCUCCAGUUCAUAAAGUUACUCGCAUUGGUUUCCCAUCAACAACACCAGCCAAGGCAAAAACAACAGCUCGUAAAGUGGUGGCCACACCAUCCGGCCUGAAGAGAAGCCCCAGUGCCUCAUCCAUAAGUACCAUGAGCUCAGUGGCAUCUUCUGUUAGUGCCAAACCAAGCCGAACAGGCCUGCUAACGGAGACAUCAUCAAGGUAUAAUCGAAAGAUUUCAGGCACCACAGCUUUACAGGAGGCACUAAAGGAGAAACAACAGCAUAUUGAGCAGCUUAUGGCUGAGAGGGACAUGGAAAGGGCUGAGGUUGCCAAAGCCACCAGCCAUGCUGGAGAGAUGGAGCAAGAAAUUACUCUACUUAGGGAUGAUCAGGAGCAGAUGGAGACAAAAAUGGAUCAACUGCGUGGUCUGGUAGAAGCUGCAGACAAAGAGAAGGUGGAGAUGCUGAAUCAACUAGAGGAGGAGCGCAGGAAGGUGGAGGAUCUUCAGUUCCGUGUAGAAGAAGCUUGCAUUACCAAAGGAGACCUGGAGACGCAGACCAGACUGGAGCAUGUCCACAUUAAGGAGCUUGAACAGAGCCUGCUCUUUGAAAAGACCAAAGCUGAGAAACUCCAAAGAGAGUUAGAAGACACUAGGGUUGCUACUGUAUCUGAAAGAUCCCGUAUUAUGGAGCUUGAGAGGGACCUUUCAAAGCGAACAAGAGAGGUAGCUGACCUGGAACUGCGUGUUGGGAUCCAGCAGAGCUCUGAGGAUGCAAAUUCAGCCAUCAAUCCUCUUCUGGAACAGAUAACCUCUCUUAGGGAUCAGUUGGCAUCUCAAGAAACCCAGUGGAAAGAAGAGGUGUCAAAAAACAAAGAAAAUGUGGAGGCUCAAGAAAAAAUCCACAGUGACUCUCUUGCCCAGCUUCAGACUACAACAUUGAAGCUUUCCAGUGAGAAGGAAGAGUUGCAGAUUAAGCUAGGCCAAGCGGAGAAGGAGAAUGUUGAUACGGUUGAACAGUGGCGUUCCAAACUGGAGGCUGCCAUUGCUUCCCACCAGCAAUCCAUGGACGAGCUGAAAGUGUCCUUCAGCAAAGGUGCAGGUGCCCAGACAGAAGAGCUAGUAGAAACCAAAAGUGCUCUAGAAAGGCUUAAGAUGGAGCACAGGCUAGGUGUAGAAGAGGCUGCAGCCACACGUAAAGCUGAUGCUGCAGCUUGGACUCAGGAGAUGGAGGCACUAAAGGCACAGCUGUUGUCUCUUACUGAGGACAAGGAGCGACUGGAAGACGCACUACGGUCAAGUGUUGAAAAAACAGAGGAGCAGCACCUUGUUGAGAUGGAGGAUGUUCUUGGAAAGCUCCAUACUAAUGAAAUGAGAGUAAAGGAACUUGAGGAGAAAGAAGUGAUACUGGCACAGCAGACUCAAGAAAAGGACAAAGAAACCAAAGAGCAAAUAGCAGAAAUGGUGGUUCUACGCACCCAGUUAACACAAGUUAAUGAGGAGCUUGUGGCUUUGAAGAGGCAGUUAGAAGAAGUACAAAACCAAGGAAACAGCCAGGAUACCAAGGUUAGUGAAUUGAGCUCCCAGUUGGAGGGUAGGCAGCAGGAAGUCAUCUCUUUACAGCAGAGCCUGACCACAGAAAAGCAGCAGAAUAGCACCCUGGAGCAAGAGCUUGGAGGCUUGAAACAGAAGUUGGCUGACAGCUCAGAGGAGCUGAGUAAAUCAGCCAAAACUAUGCAAGAAACACUUGAAAAGCUUCACGAGAGAAAAGAGCAGAAUGUAUCAUUAACCACAGAAUCAGAGUCACUAAGAAGUCAACUUGCUGGGAUGGAGAGGAAGAUGAAGGCUGCAGAUGAAAAGCUUGACCAGCUUUCAAAUGACAAAUCCAAACUAGAAAAUGAUAUUUCAGAAAUGAUGAAGGCAUCUGGUGAUAGUUCUGUACAACUAACAAAGAUGAACGAAGACCUCAUUCAGAAAGAAAGGAGGCUUGAGGACUUGCAGAGUCAGCUAGCAGAGGAAAGGGAGAAGGUGGCACACAUGAAUGAACAGAUCCAGGUAGAGCAGUCAAGCAAAGAGCACGAGCUGAAAGAGACCAGAGAUGCACACCAGUCUCAAAUAAGUAAUCUUCAGGAAAAGAUUACUACCUUGGAGAAGACUCUUGAACGGAGUGAAGCCUCUGUUGAUGAGAGUAAGGCUACACAAGAGAAAUCCCUCUCUCAGGCCUCAGAGCUCCAUAAGAAGGAGCUUGAGAUCCUCCAGAGUCAGGUUGACAAGUUCAAGCAGGAACUCUCUUCCUCCAAGGACAAGACCCAAGAGCUGGAGAAGAUGGUAUCUGAGCUGCAGCCAUACAAAGAACAGGUUCAGUGUCUUUCUGCUGAGCUUGACUCCUGCAAGCAUGAUGUUGAACAUUUGUCCAUAAAACUGGAAAAGCAGAAUCUAGAUCUGGAAAUUAUGUCUAAGGGAGGCGAGGACAUUAAAACUGAGAAGGACAAACUGAACAAACAGCUUUCAGAAAUCCAGGAUAAGCAUUCUGCUCUUGAAAGUAACUACAAGGAGCUGUCAUCACAGAAUGAAGAGCUUCAAGUAAAUGGAGAGAAACUUUCAAAGCACCAAGAGCAACUACUUGCCAAUAAUAAACAUUUAUCUGAAGAGAACAAUUCAUUGAAUGAGGGACUGGAGAAGAUCAAACUCAUUCUACAUGAAGCACAGACUGAAAACAAAGAGCUGCAGCAUUGUAAAGGUGAAUACUUGGGUCAAAUUGAGGAGCUUCAAAGACAAAAUGCAGAGAAGAAUGACUGUAUCCUAAAGCAUCAGCAGAACAUCCAGCAAAUUGAGGCCAAAAAGAAGCAACUAUCUGAGGAUUAUGAUAACCUCUGCAAAGAGAAGAGCAGGCUUGAAGAAGACUUCAAUGAAAGCAAGUCAAAGUUCACAUGUGAGAAGGACAAUUUGAUAACGGAAAGAGAUGCUGCUAAGAAUACUCGAAAGUCUCUCGACGCAAAGAAUGCUGAGUUGCAAGAAAAACUGAAGUCAUUAAACUUGGAAAAACAGGAUCUUACAAUGAAAAAUUCCCAGCUCCAGGUGCUGGCAGAAACACUUGCCAAAGAGAAAGUGCAGCUGAACUCUCAAAUCAGCACUACUACGCUGGACAAAAACAACCUUGAGACAAAGAAGGAGGAGCUUCAGAACAAGCUCGGCCUCACAAAGAAAGACUUGGAGAGCUAUGUCCGUGAAUGUGAAGAACUCCGAGCUUCUAAAAGUAGCCUGGCCCAGAUGCUCGAAGAGUUCAAGACAAGCAGUCAGGUGACUGACUCCGAAAGGCUUCACCUCCUGCAGGAGAAAGAAGACCUUCUUUCAUGCCAAAGAAAAGUCUCUAAUGAGAAAGAAGUACUUCUGCAAGAGAGAGAAGAAAUGAAGGAAAAACUUCAGGACUUGACAGAACAACUGUCUCGUUCUAAUGAGAAAUUACAAGAAGCACUAUCAACCUUUGAACAAGAUAAGCAAGCAAUGCGCCAUCAGAAUUCUGAAACUGAGAUGGCUUUACAUGAAUUGAGAAAAGAAAAGAUGAGCUUGGAUUCAGCUCUAGAGCAACAGAAAACGAAUUAUGAGCGCUUGGCUGGGGAGAAGGGAGAGUUAGAAGAGAACCAAAAUAAAACCAUUUCUGAGAAAAAUGCGCUUUCUCUUGAGCGUGAUAAGCUAGCUAGUGAUAUCCGAACAUUCAGAGACCAAUUAGACAGUUACACCAAAACUAAUGCUGAACUUGCACAAGAAAAGACAGAUUUAGCAGCAGUGCUUGAAGAAACCAAACACCAGAAAGAUGAACUAGAAGCUGAGAUGACUGCCUUGAAACAAGAAAAGGCUGACCUAAAAAAUCACCUGCAGAAACAUGACUCUGAUAUUGAAGUUCUUGAUAAAGCCAAAGCUGAACUUGUGAAAGAGCAUAGUAAGCUAAAAGAAGACUUUAACAACUCUAAAUCAGAGCUUGUUAAACAAGUGGAUGACCUCACAAAAGAUAAUCAGAAUCUUCAGGGCCUGCAGAGUGAAGCUGACAGAAGAGCAGAGUCUUUACAAAAAGAGAAUCAGCUUCUGAUUCAGGAGGUCCAGGAGUUCAAAAGUCAGAUUAAAUCAGUGUCGGAGGCCAAGCAGUUUCUUGAGACUCAGCUACAAGCUGAAUCUAAUGAACGGAGUAAAGCAGCUUCUGACAAAGAUGAUCUUUCUACACAAAUUGCAGAACUUCAGAAAGCGUUGUUAAAAAUGACUGAAGAAAAUAAAGAGAUUUCUUCCAACCUAAAGAAUGCUGAUGAGCAAAAGAUGUCCUUCAUUUCGGAUACGGAGGGUUUGAAAACACAACUUCAUAAGAAAGAGCAAGAAAAUAUUCAACUGACAAAAGCUAAAGAAGAGCUAAUAUAUAAGCUUGAAGAGGUGGACAGAGAGAGGACUCUCCUGACCACAUUGAAGGAGAACCUGUCAACUCGCCAGUGUAACUUGGAGCAGGAGAUUUCCUCCCUCCAUACAAACCAAGAAAAUAUGACCUCUGAAAAAGCAAAGCUUCUCAAAGAGUUGGAGAGUUUGCAGGCUUGCAAGGCACAGCUGGAGGCUGAUGUUAAAGCCCAACAAACCCAGAGAGAAAGUUUGGAAAAACAGUACAAAAAUGCUCUUGAAGAGGCUUCAGCUUCUGCUGUUGUGAAAGAAGAAAUUUCCUCCAGCAUCUCACAAGUCAGAGCUCAGAAGGACGCCAUGCAGGUGGAGAGGGAUGAAGCCACCCAGAAAAUCAGGGAGCUUGAGUCACAACUAAAAAAUGCCAUUUCUAAGCAGCUUGAGGCUACAGAAGCCUCUGGCAAGACUGCCGAGGCUCUUGAACAGCUAACAAAAGAAAAAACAGUUUUGAUGAAGGAGAAGAGCGAGGCCCAGUCUUCACUGGAGAAGAUCCAGAGCUCCACGCAGGAAAUGCAGACUGAGCUGGAAACACUGAAGACAGAUAAGUCCAAAAAUAAAGAGGAUCUGAAUUUAUCCAAAGAGCAGCUUUCCAAGGAAACUCAGAGGGUCAAGAGUCUGUGCCAAGAAAUUGAGGAUCUUAAAAAGGCAGUUUCUGUGAAGUCGCAGUCCCUGCAAAUGCUGCAAGAUGAGAACAACAAGCUGAGUCAGGAGCGUGAUAACAAUCAACAAAAAGACCAGAACGAUUUCAUGAAGCUGAAGGAAGAUCACUCAAAACUCAUAAAAGAGCUAGGAGAGCUGAAACAAAGUGAAAGCACAGUGAGAGAGCAGUUAAACAAGGAGAAGACUGCCCUUCAACAGUCCAUCCUUAAAAACGGUGCCUUAAUCUCAGAAAAAGACCAGGAGGUGGAAAUCCUGAGGACCGAGCUGACAGUACUGCGUAAAGAAAGUGCCUCAGCAAAGACACUGCAGGGUACAAUACAGGCCUUGGAGCUGGACAACGUUCACCUACAGGAACGUGUUGACAGACUGGAAAAAGACCUGUCUGCUGGGUCUGAUACCAGCAAGUCCUCAGUUGAUGCAGUUUUGGAUCAAAUGAGAGAGGAUAAGAAGAUGGCAGAGAGUCAGAUUGAGUUCCUGAAUUCGGUCAUUGUUGACCUCCAAAGAAAGAACGAGGAACUUAAAGACAAAUUAGAGAAAAUGGCUGCUGCUGCUCUAAAUGGGAAUAAUCCAAGUGAAAUGGAUAACUAUGAAGACGAUGAAAAGCAAAUGGUAAAGAAGAAGCUGCCCCCCAGACUCUUCUGUGACAUUUGCGACUGUUUUGAUCUCCACGACACUGAAGACUGUCCCACCCAGAUGCAGAUGCCCGAUUCCCCGCCACACACCACAUACCACGGCAGCAAGGGUGAAGAACGGCCUUAUUGCGAAAUAUGUGAAGCCUUUGGCCACUGGACCGACUCCUGUAACGAUGACCAGACUUUUUAAAAACGUUUUUUUAUUAAUUCGUCAACCGCACAAUCAUUAUAGUCGCACACCGUGUUUGUUACACAGUGCUUUCAGUGUCUUUGUGAGUGCGUUUUGUGCGUGUUUUGCCAAGCAUCUUUGCUUUCAAUGCCAUCCUGCAAGCGCUCUUAUAGGAGAAUGAUCUAUUAAAUUUCUUUUAAAAAACAAGAAUACCACACAGAACUCUUUGAAAGGUUCUUUGUGAAAAUUGUAGAAAGAAAAUAUUUAGCGUCCUGGGUUUGUGUGAGUUGGAGGGGAUUGUAGGAGUCUGUAAGAAGCAAUGAUCCUCCUCAGAUCAGUUUAUUGCUUAAUGUUUUAACAUUGCUUGCACAGAAAGUCAGGAGAUUACAAAGAUAUUAUAUUAUCAUGAAGGUGUUAAUUUGAAACUGUAAGAUACUCGAAUGGAAAAACAAAUGUCAGUUUGAGCAAAAUUUGCUGAGCUAUAAAUUAUUUUUUUAUGCCUGGAAAUACUAUUUGCUCUUCAAGGUUUGAUUUUGUAUGUACUUUAGUGUGGGAAGAGCAGAAUUUGCUCUUGGCUGCAGCACAGCAGUGAAACCUUUGAAUAUCUGUAUAAAAAUAAAGUUUAUGGAUUAAU